CUCUCGACUGCGGAGACUCCGAGGAAAGCAAAACAGCCUCUUCUUUCUCACACUAUAAAACCCUUAUCAUAAAACCUCGCCCCUACCCAACCACUCACCAACCCACCGCGCGCUCACCAAACCCAAACAUAAUAGCUGAAAGAAGUUCCGCUCCCAAACCGUUUUUCCUCGAAUAACGAUCACACCCGAUCUCGGUUUUUUCGCUCUUGCUGCACCAAUGGCCUGCGCUAGCUUCGCCAAGCUGAAUGCGGCUUCGUCUCAGUGGAUCGGUGGACAGCAGUCCUUCUCCCAGCGCAACCGAUUGUCCACUCCCCGGGUCUCCGUCACGAUCCGCGCCAAGGCGUACACCGACGAACUCGUCCAAACUGCCAAAUCAAUUGCUUCUCCUGGUCGUGGGAUCCUUGCCAUUGAUGAAUCCAAUGCAACCUGUGGGAAAAGGCUGGCAUCUAUUGGCUUGGAUAAUACUGAGGCCAACCGACAGGCAUACAGACAGCUUUUGCUGACCACUCCUGGCCUGGGUGAAUACAUUUCUGGGGCCAUUCUUUUUGAGGAAACAUUGUACCAGUCAACUACAGAUGGGAAGAAAUUUGUGGACUGCUUGCGUGAUGAGAAAAUUGUUCCUGGCAUUAAAGUUGAUAAGGGUUUGGUUCCCCUGCCAGGAUCAAACAAUGAGUCUUGGUGCCAAGGCUUAGAUGGACUGGCUUCUAGAUCCGCGGAAUAUUACAAGCAAGGUGCUCGUUUUGCCAAGUGGCGGACAGUUGUUAGCAUUCCUUGUGGCCCUUCUGCUCUAGCUGUUAAGGAAGCUGCAUGGGGCCUUGCACGUUAUGCUGCCAUUUCUCAGGACAAUGGCCUUGUGCCAAUUGUGGAACCUGAGAUUCUUCUUGAUGGAGAGCACCCAAUUGAAAGGACACUCGAAGUGGCAGAAAAGGUCUGGUCGGAAGUCUUCUACUACUUGGCUGAAAAUAAUGUAGUGUUUGAGGGAAUCCUACUUAAGCCCAGCAUGGUUACCCCGGGUGCUGAACACAAGCAGAAGGCUUCUCCAGAGACCAUUGCCAGAUAUACACUUACAAUGCUUAAAAGGAGAGUUCCUCCAGCAGUUCCAGGAAUCAUGUUUUUGUCGGGAGGACAAUCUGAAGCGGAAGCGACCCUGAACCUGAAUGCAAUGAACCAAAGCCCCAACCCAUGGCACGUUUCCUUCUCAUAUGCUCGUGCAUUGCAGAACACUGUGCUUAAGACAUGGCAAGGACAUCCUGAGAACAUCGAAGCAGCUCAGAAAGCACUUUUGGUGCGUGCAAAGGCAAACUCCCUGGCUCAGCUCGGAAAAUACUCUGCUGAGGGUGAAAGUGAGGAAGCCAGGAAAGGAAUGUUUGUCAAGGGCUACACCUACUGAGCCAGACUCUGGCAACUCAUGUUCUCUUGAACGUGUACUUUCUGUUUUGCAUUUUUUCACGUCUUAGCUGUGGAUGGUGAGCAGACAUAAUUAUUAGACGAGCGUUUUCGUUUCUUUCUCCCCCUUCAUCUUAGGAUUUGAAUAAUACCUGUGAGAAAGAACUGUUUUUUGAAGUGUUAAGUAGGAAGUUGGGAUUAGUGAAAGCAAGAGUUUCAGACAGUCUGGCUAAUAUUAUGGUCGUGAAAUUACUUAUCAAAAAAAAUAUUAUGGUCGUGAAAUUUCAUACA